AGUAGUCGAUGUAAUAAUUCGUUCGUAUGAAUACCAAUUCGAUCUAAUAUUUGAUUAAGCAGAACAUGAUAAAGAUAAAUAAUAAUACGUUUGUAAACCCGCAAUAUAUUUUGAAGCAAAUUCACUUUACCAAAAUGUAUGCAAGUUUUAUUGAAACAAUUUAAUCUCAUCUUGAAGUGUAACCUACUAAUAAAUUUCCGAAAAAACCAUACUAAUUAAUUAUAACUUUUCUCCGAUUGGUAUGUCAAAUCUAAUUUUACCAAACAAGAUGAGGUGUUGACCGUUAGAGAGAAUUAAACAGCUUACAUACAAACAAAAACACAAGCCGAGAAAUAACAAUAAAACAAAAGCUCAACUUCCAUAAUAAUAAAAAUAAAAGAUAAAUUCAAAAUUAGCAUUUACUCCAUUACCAAAACUCGAAAAUUCUUAUGGUAGAAAAGCAAAAAGCUUACGUAAAUUCCAAAUGUUACCAAAACCCUGCAAUGAAAAACUUGCCAAAACUUGAAGAGGUUGGUCCACAAAAUUGAAGGUUCUUUGCUUCACACUCUAUUUAUAGGCAAAGAGAUGAAACAGAGGAGAUUAAAUUACUUAUUAACAAAGGUUGUUUUCACUCAACCACAUUCAUUCUCAAGUGUCUGCUCCUCACAUUCCCCAAGAUUCUCAUUUACUUUCACCUCUAUUUGGUACGUACUUUAAAUUAUAGUUAUAGUUUCUUUUUCAUUAUUCGUUUUGUUCACAUUUGGUUUCGUAAACAUAUAGACAAUCUUAUAUAAUACAGUAUAUUCGAUGUUUUCUCUAUCUUUAUCCUCGCAGUUUAAAGGAUGAUUGAUACGUGGGAUCAACAUACAUACAUGCAUGUUUAUUAGUUAAAAACUUAUUGCAAACAUUAAAUUACUUCGAUAGCUAGAGAGCAAUCAUUAUAUAAAGCUAGUUUUAAUUAUAAUUAUAUAUCUAGUCGAAGGUUAAAAAUAAAAAAACGAGAUCUAUAAACAAACAUUCCCAAAUGUUUUCAUCACUCUCAAACUACUGUUCACCACAUUCAAUGGAUUGCGAGAUCUACUCAAGCUCUUCUUCUGAAAAUCCUAGAGACCACUUCCAAUUCCUUGAUCUCUUUCCUAACAUCACUCAAAACCCUAAUAACAACAAUACCCUAAUCGAACCUUUACCGCUUAUCGAUAGGAUCAACUUAAACCCAAACCUAAACCUAAAAUCGAGGCCAUCGUAUGUUGGCGAAGGAGAUGACGAGGUAGAAGAUGAAGAGAACGUUGUAGUGGAUGUGAGCUUACACAUCGGCCUUCCUGGUUCCGGUAAUUCAAGCAAUGGGAAAGAGAUCGUCACUUACGAUGCCGGAAAAGACAUUGAAAAUGAAGUUUCCGGCAAGGCAUAUUGGAUUCCGACGGUGGAUCAAAUUAUAAUAGGCUUCACUCAUUUUUCUUGCCAUGUAUGCUUCAAGACAUUCAAUCGCUACAACAAUCUUCAGAUGCACAUGUGGGGCCACGGUUCACAAUACAGGAAAGGACCAGAGUCACUGAAAGGGACUCAGCCAAGAGCCAUGCUAGGCAUCCCUUGUUUCUGCUGCGUUGAAGGGUGCAGGAACCACAUCGAUCAUCCUCGGUCCAAGCCACUCAAAGACUUCCGAACGCUCCAAACGCACUAUAAGCGCAAACACGGCCAAAAACCUUAUGCGUGUCGCAUUUGCGGUAAGCUCUUGGCAGUUAAGGGAGAUUGGCGAACUCACGAGAAGAACUGUGGGAAACGUUGGGUUUGUGUUUGCGGUUCCGAUUUUAAACACAAACGCUCCCUUAAAGACCAUGUUAAGGCUUUUGGACCUGGUCAUGGGUCUUAUCCGACCGAUUUGUUUGAUGAGCACGCCUCAUACUCUUCUGUCUCUGAAACGCUCUUUUAAAACUUGUGCAUUGAUCGUCUUUUGACUUGUGUGAACCAUUUAUUACUCUAAAAGAAUGUGUGGUAUCUGUUUAUUUCGAAUUUGGAAAAUAUACUAACAUGAUAUCUGCACCA